CAGACAACUUUUUUUUUUCUUCUUUUCCAACUUCUCCUCUGCUCGUAGAUAGUUCUCAGCUUCGAGGUCGACGAUUUCGAGCCAGAUUUGUAACAGUUUUCAGCUUUUAGGAGUGGUUAAAAUGGCUGGGGGAUCAAAGAGGUCUAAAAGAGCAAGACUUUAUGACAGUGAAUCAGAAGAAACAAGCGACCAGGAAAAUCUCACGGUGGAAGGGGAAAAUGAAGAGAAUGAAUUAUCUGAUGGGAUAGAGAAUGGUGAAGGAGAUAGCAUGGAAGAUGAUGAGGGAGGGAGUGAAGAAGACGACGAAGGAGAUAGCGAGGAAGAUGAUGAAGAAGAUGUAAAGGAAGAUGUGGAUGGAGAAAGCGAUGAAUGUGAUUAUGGAAAUGACCAAGAGAGUGAGAGUGGCGAUGAAGGAGACGGGAACAAUGGAGAUGCUGAGAUGGAGGAGCUUCAGAAAGAGUACAUUGAGCUUCGUUCACAAGAACAGGAUAUAUUGAAGAACCUGAAGCGUGAUAAGGGUGAGGAUGCUGCUAAAGGUCAAGCAGUGAAGAACCAGAAGGCUCUUUGGGAUAAAACUCUGGAGUUCAGAUUCUUACUUCAGAAAGCAUUUAGUAGUUCAAACAGGCUGCCGCAGGAGCCUGUCAAAUCGUCUUUUUGUUCGGAAGAUGAGAAUGUCUCAACAGCAUAUGCAGAGCUAAUUACUUCAUCUAAGAAGACAUUAGAUUCCCUCUUGGAGUUGCAAGAGGCUUUGUUUGAGAAGAAUCCCUUAAUUGAUGAACAAUCAGAUGGAACAGCUACUAUAAGGCGUUCAGAAUCCAAUCAAUCAGAUGGAGAAGAUAGCGAUGAAUGGGACCGACUAUCUGACAUGCAAAGAAGAAUGUCUGUGUUCCGAAACAAGGCCGUGGACAAAUGGCAGAGAAGAACUCAAGUCACAACUGGUGCAGCUGCUAUUAAAGGAAAGCUCCAUGCCUUUAACCAGAACGUUAGUGAACAGGUUGCUUCUUACAUGAGGGAUCCAAGUAGAAUGAUUAAACAAAUGCAACAAUCAAGAUCUACUGUUGCUGUUUUUGGAACCGUCCCUGGGGAAACCAUGGUACCAAAUCAAGAGGAAAAAGAACUAGAAGGAGACCCUGAACUUGUGGAAGAUGCUGAAUUCUAUCAGCAAUUACUAAAGGAGUUCUUUGAGACCAUUGAUCCAGCUUCCUCAGAGGCGGCUUUCUACGCAAUGAAGAAAUUUCAGACGAAGAAGAGGAAAGUUGUGGAUCGGCGUGCCUCUAAGAGCAGAAAGAUCAGGUAUAAUGUUCAUGAAAAGAUUGUCAACUUCAUGGCUCCACGACCUGUGAAGAUUCCUCCAAACACUGCGGAUUUGCUGAAGAAUCUGUUCGGUCUCAAGACCAGAAAUGGUCUGUCUGAAGCAUUAUAAUAUGAACAAAUCGCGCAAUUUUGAAACGCAGGAAAUAGAUGGAAUUUUGUUUGGUGUGGUGUGUUGUUGUAAUACAAGAUUCAUAGUGAAAACUGAAAAACUCGUUUUAUCUCCAUCAACAAAUAAUUGUUUCUUAGUUCUUCUUAUUGAAAGCC